CAGUCUUCACUCCGUGCUGCUGCUGCUGCGUGGGGGAGCCGAGACUUGUUUGUGCGAGAUGCGGCCCGGGCUUGUGGGCAACACUGCCCGGGUCCCCAACGCCGCGCAGCCCUGUGUCCGCGAUCCCAGGCCAGCCAGAAGAGCCUAGGACAUGAACGCCUCUUCAGAAAACGCACAUUUCGAGGGCAGUAAUGCCAGACCCUUUUUUUAUGUGCACGCCAUGGGCCAGCAGCCUUACCUGAGUCCGUGGUGCCAGAGUCCCCCCUAUAAUCCAUUCUCUGUUCCUGGGGCAGGUUUCAGAAAUGGAAGUCUGUAUUUUCCAUAUUCAGUGGUACUCAGUGAGUAUCCUGGCUUCCUUGUUCCUCAGUCACCACUGCCCACUACACUUAACCGACGACCUAUGUUUUAUAACACAGCACAUUUCCAGCACUGUAGUGGCUAUAGAAAGAAAAAGAAAACGAGAGAGACUCAGACUGAACCUCAGCAGGCUGAGAACAUGACUCAGAAACAAGACACCCACUCAGAAGGUGAUAUGGUGACCAGUAUCCCUACUUCUAAUAUUGACAUAGAAAUGGACGACAUUCCUGAAGAAACAGAUGGCGUUUUGUCUUCUGUUGCCCAAAAGAGGGAGCUACACGGUAAGAGCCCUUCUAAUAACAGCCUGCAUAGGACAUCACCUCAUGGAAGCUGUGCAUGUGAGAAAGAGAAAAUGAGGCUAGAACAGAGCAAAGGAUCCCUUGUAACGCAGUUCUGGAAGACUUUGAAGGAAACUAUGUGUUUGUAUGACCUAGCUUAUGGUAAAGCCAUGCCAGAGAAGAUGGUGCAGCACAAUAGGAUUUCACAGAGUUCUUGGGAAAAUAGAACUUUCCCUCAUGAGGGUACAGAGGGCAUUACAUGCAAAGAUGAAGAAAGCACUGUCUGGUUGGAGCAGUGUCAUGAUGUAAGACAUGAUGAUGUGGUAAAGUUGGGCUUCAUCAUGAAUAUGAACUUGGGUAAAGAAAAAAGCUAUGCAGCUGCUCCCCAAUUCCUAUCUUCUCCAGAUGAAGCAAAAGACAGAGAUAGAAUCCAGAAUACCCUGAACUCAAAUCUGUGCCUGUCUUCUGGAGAUGGCAAUAAGCUCCAGCAGGAAAGGCCGGUCUGCUCCAGCAAUAAAGCCAUUGAGGACCUGAGCCUACAGUCCAAUCCCAGAGUCCCCUUCGCAUUGAGGAAAGCGUGCUAGACAAUGGUAGUGGGGGCCAUGGCUUCCCUGUGAACAUGAAUGAAGUUGAAGUGAUACAGAGCAACAGCUACCCUGAGAAUUAUGUCCCUCCUCCUAUCUCGCUGGCCAAGUUCAACCAGGCUAAUGGAGGCAUUCAGUGUGAUAUGAGCCAGUGGCAGGAUGCAGAGCUGGAGCAAUCCCCUGAGCAAAUGCUUUCCAAAGAUGAGUCAUGACUAGACUACAAAACUAAGGGAUCACAGAGAAAGUCAAUCAGGAAUAGGAAAUUGAACACAAAUGAAGAAAAAAUGACCAUAAAUGAUGAGAUUGAGGAAGAGUAUCAUGAGAACUUCAAAAAGUGUGCCAAAAUUAAAAAGACUGUGAAAGGCAGAAAGCAGAAAACCCUGAGCAACUUCUCAAGUGGUAACAUAGUGUAUUUGUUGAAGAAAAUGCUGCCUUGAACACUGUUCUUCCCGAGGAUUCAGAAGACUGUGAGUUGGAAGAGGAAGUUGAAGGUGAAAUGUAUGAGGUAGAAUGCCUCUUUGAAGAAGUUAGUCCACCAGACCCUGUGAAUUCCUCAAAAAGAAGGAUUUUUUGCAAGGCCAGCAGGAUAAUCAGGAUGCCACCUGAGUGGUCUCUCUCUCCUCAACUUAUCGUCUGGCCCACCAGAAAUAAGGACAGGUUUAAAGCAUGUUGAAUAUGAGAGCAUCCCUAUGGUGUAUGAAGUGACAGGACAGGAUGGCAGGAUCCAAAGGGAACGUAUGAUGGCCAUGCAGAAGGGACUGGAGUCUAAGACAGCCUCUCACAAGUCAUGGGAAUGUAAGUGACUAAUGGGCUGAUCCUAUUUGGUUGUCUGUGGUGGUUCCAUACUGCAUCCUGGAGGCAAAGGCAGCCGUACAUCAAUAGUAUUUCUCCAUUUUGAAAGUAUGUUCUUAAACAAUUAUAGAUGCCCAUGUGUGCAGGAUUGGCAGAGAUCCCAAGUCUGAGGUCCUGCAUUCCAGGAAAUUGUAAUGUAAUUUGAAAUAAAGAGCUGUAGCAGAUGAUGGAGAGCUGGUUGGUCUUAAAGGACAGUGGGGUUGAGAGAGCAAAGGAGAGAUGGACAUUGAGGUAGGUGGUUGCUGAGAAUGGGCAGGCCAUGUGGAGGCAGUGAAUUGUGAUACAAAUUUGGGGACUGUGGUUUGAAGAGGGAAUGGAGACAGCAGCAUGAGCUUAUCAAAUGGGCAGCCAGGGCAGGUCAAGUGUGUUUCAGGGAUUGAGCUUGAGACCAGCUGGCCAGAGGGGAGACCUAUGUUGAGUUGAGAAGGUAGGUGUAAGCAGAAUGGGCUAAAGUAGUAGAUAUUUUCCUUUCUAGAUGUUUUUCCUCUAGGCAAUAAGGAGGUGCCAAAGCAAAUUGAAUAAAGGACAGGAAGAAGUAUGCUCUAGGAAUCUUCAGCUGGCAGUACAGUGUAGGAGGAAUUUAAACUCUGCCUAUGUGGCUGAAACCCCUGUAUAAAGUCAGUUUAAGUGAACUUUGGAUAUAAAAUGAUGAGGGUCUUAACUCUCAUGGGAGUAAAAGUUUUACAUCUCAGAGAAUUCAUUAACGAAAUUGACUCCUUAAGAAUAGAAGGCUGGGUUUUGAACUUGAGUACCUAGAAAAAAUGGUAACAUCUGUGGUAAAGUAAACUUGUGAAGGGAAUUUGUUUUGCUUUAUGUGUGGCUGUCAGUGGGAGGACUGGACCAGCAGGUCAUGCACACCUGGUUGAAGCUGGAGUUUGGAUCACCGUAUUUUUAGGGAGGGGCUCAAACGAGUGGGAAGGGUCCAAAGUAGAGCCUGGGGGAUGAUUAUAUCUGGGGUGCAAAAGUGAAAUGAAGCAGGUAAGGGAUGAAUGGGAUGCAUAAGGACCCGCAGGAAAUUUAAUUAAGCUCAGUCUUAGCUUCUAAACCAGAACACUGGCCAUCUUACCUUUAGUCUUCUUAAAGUCUCAUUUGCCUCUGCUGUCAUUCCUCAUCAGUGUGUAGGAAUCCAUUUUUUCCAUCCUAUCACAGCCCUGUGAAGAAGAUAACCUCAAUUUACUCUUGGUUAUGCAGUGAAGAUGGUAAUUUUCAGGGUGAACCUCUAGAUUAUGUCUAUUACAUUUUUUUAUUGCUAAGGACUGUAGAAUGAUAUAGAAUAGGAUCUUGAAAA